GCAAAUUUGACGCUUCAGUUCCCGCCGUUAGCGGUUACCGGCUUACCGCAGUUGGGAGAGACGCAGAAGAACAAUCCCGAGAACCUGAACGAACUGAGUGGAAGCCAUGUUUGGUGCCAUUGGAGCUCGAGGGUUGAGUUGCUUCAGCUUCAGGCAUUUGGUAAUGCAUUCCAAAACUACGACGCUGAGAUUCGCUCUUCAACCGAGCUGGUUCUCGACCACAACGAUGAAGAAGCGAGUUGGCACCCACAACGGCAGCUUUCACUGCGACGAAGCCCUCGCUUGCUUCAUGAUUCGCCUCGCCGAUAAGUUCUCCGGCGCCGAAAUCGUCCGCACCAGGGACCCUAAGGUGCUGGAGACGCUGGAUGCGGUGGUUGAUGUUGGAGGUGUGUACGAUCCGAGCCGGGAUCGGUUUGAUCAUCACCAGAAGGGAUUCGACCAAGUGUUUGGCCAUGGGUUUAACACCAAACUCAGCAGCGCUGGCCUCGUCUACAAGCAUUACGGGGCUCACAUAAUUGCGAAGGAGCUUCAGCUGGAUGAAGGUCACUUGGACGUGCAUCGGUUGUACCUAUCCAUUUACAAGAACUUUGUUGAGGCAGUUGAUGCAGUUGACAAUGGAAUCAAUCAGUUUGACAGUGAUAAGCCUCCUAGAUAUGUCAACAAUACAAGCUUAUCAAGCCGAGUUUCGAGGCUGAAUCCGGAAUGGACAGAACCUGAUCAGUCUUCUGAGAAAGAGAAUGAAGCGUUUGGACGUGCUAUGGGGCUCGCUGGUUCUGAAUUUUUAGAGAGUAUCCGCUUCCAUGCAAAGUCUUGGUUACCAGCUAGAUCAAUUGUGGAGGAGUGUCUUGCUUCAAGAUACCAAGUUGAUGCCAGCGGAGAAAUCAUGGUUAUGCAUAGAUCUUGCCCUUGGAAGCUCCACAUAUUUGACCUUGAGAAAGAGCUGGGGGUGAUUCCAACCAUCAAGUAUGUUCUUUACAAGGAUGAUAGGACUCAAAACUGGCGUAUACAGGCAGUAGCUGUAUCACCUGAUGAUUUUCGAAGCAGGAAACCGUUACCAGUUAACUGGAGAGGUUUGGAAAAUGAUAAGCUAUUGGAAGUAUCAGGGAUCCCUGGCUGCGUGUUUGUCCAUGCAAGUGGGUUUACUGGUGGAAACCGAAGUUAUGAAGGUGCUCUUGAGAUGGCAAGAGCUUCUUUAAAGGCUUAAAUAACAGGAAUUUUGUUGGAAACCAUCUGCAGAUGAUUUGUUGGAGAAAGGUACAAUCCUCCAAAUGUUGCAUCUAGCAAAACAAUUCGUUGGUUUGUUCUCACUGAAUUGUUUCUCAAAGAUCCUCCUAUUUCUAACAAGAUCUCUCACCUUUUCGUCAUUUGUAAAGAUGUGGCUUCAAGACCUUGUUGCUUUUUUGAACCUGGUAUAGUUGAAUGACAUGUUUCUUCUUUAUGAUUUGAACCAUGGCUCACGGUACCAACC